ACCAAGCAGAAGCUGCAGUUGUAUGUUUGUAUGAACAGCUCAUCAAUUUACUAAAGGAAAGUUAAAAUGGCAUUGGUAUCUGAAUUUUUGGGUCAGCUCACACUUGGGUUUGGAGGGGGGAGAGAACCACGGUUCCCUACAGUGUUCCCAGCUGUGAAUUUUGAUCCCGAGAAAGAUGCAACCUGGAUUGAUACAGCCAUCAAAACCAAAGGUGUGGAUGAGGACUUAAUCAUUGACAUUCUAACCAAACGCACCUACAGUCAGAGGAGAGAAAUUGCAUUUGAAUACGAGAAGAAAGCCAGAAAGGAUAUGAUUAGUGCUCUGAAGGGGGCGCUGUCAGGCUCUCUAGAAAAUGUCAUUCUAGGCCUAAUGAAAAACACGGUACAGUUUGAUGCAUUUGAGCUCCGAGCUUCAAUGAAGGGUCUUGGCACUGAUGAGGAGAGUUUGAUCGAGAUGGUCUGUUCUCGUAGCAAUGAGGAGCUGCUGGAGAUUAAAAAAGUUUACAAGGAAUUGUUCAAGAAGGACUUGGAGAAAGAUGUGUCCGGAGAUACUUCUGGAGAUUUUUGUAGGUUGCUGCUGUCUCUGGUUGAGGCUAAAAGAGAAGAGCCAAGCAACAUAGUGGACUAUGAAAAAAUUGACAAUGAUGCCAGAGCCCUCUAUGAGGCAGGCGUAAAGAGGAAGGGCACAGAUGUGACCACUUGGAUAUCAAUUUUCUCCGAAAGAAGUGUGCCACACCUCCAGAAAGUGUUUCAGAGGUAUAACAGUUACAGCCCAUAUGACAUAAAGGAGAGCAUUCGAAAGGAAGUGAAAGGAGAUCUGGAAAAAUCCUUCCUUACAUUGGUGGAGUGCUUCGAAAACAAACAGCUUUACUUUGCCAGCAAACUCAAUGAAGCUAUGAAGAAUAAAAGUCUCAAGGAGAAGGUUGUGACCCGCAUUGUGGUUUCACGCUGUGAAGUGGACCUCAUGAAAAUCCGCAUGGAGUUCAAGAAAAAUUUUGGAAAAUCACUCUACCAGACUAUCUCAGAGCACACAAAGGGUGACUACCAGAGAGCUCUGUUGAAUCUGUGUGGUGGAGAUGAUUAGCAAAAAUAUUGGAGAAAGUAGAGAUGCUUUGCUUACAGUUUUUCAAAUAGCCAGUAAGAACAUAUACAGUAUAGAGCUUUCAUCUGCUCUUGUAUUAUUUAUAUUUUAAAGUUAAAUUGUAUAAUUAAUUAAAUAUUUUAUAAUUU